AAAAAUGUGUUUAUUUCCUGUUAUAGUAAACCGUUUGAAAAACAUUAGCGAUGGAGGCUGAUCCAAAUAACAGAACAUUUACAAUUACAAGCACGACAGAUGAAAAUGUAUGCUUUUCCGAUGUGACAACUGUUGUUAAAAGAUGGAUGAUUGACUUCAGUUUUGUUAGUUUGUGUCAAUUCUUCAAAGAGGGCAAAUUUGAAGAAUUCAACCAAACGAUUUCGACGCUGGAAACGAUCAUUGAUGGCACCCCUCAUUUAAACACCGAACAGAGACAGAAAAGGCAGAUAUGUGGCUUCCUCGCGCGGAUAAUGCACGGGAAACAUUUAGACGUGUCCUUCGACAGAGACGAGCGGUUGUCGCCCCUGAUGUCGGCUGUCGGUGUCUGGGCGUCUCAGGAAGAGACUGUGGCGGAUCUCACUCUGUUCCAGCACAUCACCAAUCUACUCUAUGUUCAGAGUGUCGCUGUGUGUCUGGAGAAAGGGAACUGCAUCAUGGCUUCAUCAACUCUCAAAUGGCUCGAGGAGGAGUGUGAAAUCCCACAGAACUUGGGAAUCAAGCUGUCAUUGAUCGUGAGUAAGAGGGACACGUACCACCCGUUCCUGCUCAACUUCAGCUGGAACCGUCUGCUGGAGAACAUACAGACCUUCCUGGAUCGCUUCCUGGAGAAACACCCGUCGGACUUCCUGCUCCAGGCAGCCACUAAGGUGGUCAAGGCAGGCCAGGAGACGGGGAGGAUUCUGAGACUCGGGAGGCGUCAUAUAUGAAGCCAAUCUUCUGAACACUCCAAAGUGAAUCAGGAGACCAGUGUUCUUAUGAGACCCAAGAAGAAGCUGCUGUCAACAAGGAAUAUUCAUCCCUGGAAACCAGAGUCUGGCAAGAAGCCUGCACUCACUGUUAUGAGAAGAGCGGUGUCGACGAGGUUGACCUCCCGAAGAGCCUCGUCUGAGACGACCCUGAACACCACGACUCUUAGCAACACAACUCUGAACACCAAUAGAACUAGGAAGAAUCAUGGCAGGUGGCCGUGGGAUCUGGACUUGGCACUGAAGGCGGGAGUGAAGCGCCACGGGGAGGGGAAAUGGUCGCGUAUCCUCCAAGAACACGACUUCCAGGGUCGCACGGGGGUUCAACUCAAGGACCGUUGGAGGGUCCUCAAGAGGGCGCAUAAAGUCAACUCCUCCUGAGGCCCGUGUCUCACAUAGUAUCUUAUUCACUAGGAAGUGCACUACUUUUGACCAGAGCCCUAUGAGACCUCCUGAAUAGGGGGGUGGGGGGGGGGGGUGCAGAUUGGGACGUGACCUUCGGGGACUAAGUUUAAGUCCGUUUGUGGAUUCUGGGGUUUAUAUACGGUGCUCUACUGUUAGUGAUCUUGCCUAGUUUUAAUAAAUAGUGUUAUAGUUCAAGCUCCUUGGUUUUCUCUUCUUUUAGCUCUGUUUUUAAACUAGUGUAUUAGUACCGCUCACUGUACAGUUUUAUAUAAGGGAUUGUAAAUAGGUUAUGCUUUUCGUGUGUGUGUGUGUGUGUGUGUGUGUGUGUGUGUGUGGUGUGUGUGUGUGUGUGUGUGUGAGUAAGUUUAACUAAGGCUGUCUCCAGCGGAUUGAAUCACAAUGUCCCAUUUGAGUGGAAAUAUGCCUGCGUUUACCAUGACACUCCAUAAACAAACACGAGAACGUUUAAAAAAAAGCUGCAUUGUGUUCAACCUGAAACUGGAUUGAAUCCCGGCCUUUCUUAACACAAGGCUUCAAUGCCAUUAACCGGUAACCACCAGUAGAUGAUAUUACUACCAGGAACCAGCAGAGGGAGCUAUAUCUUUCUGUGGACAAUAGCAGCUUAACUUGUAUUUCAACUUUUAGUUUUUUACAAAACCAUUUAUCCAUUUAAACCAUUUAUCCUUCUAGUUAUCAAUGGCUAAAGAAACAACGAUUAGAACAAAUUGUUCAAUAUAAAUGGAAAAAUUGGUCAAACAUGAAUAAAAAUGUCUUGUGUUUAUUUUAUAUAUUUCACAGUGUAUUUAUUUCUGCAAUAGGGACAAUACAAAAGCACAAUUGUGUUAUUGUAAAGUAGUCAUCUCUCACUUUGGAACGUCAUAUCUUGUCUGUACACAGGAAGGAGAUACUCAAAUGUGUUCUUAAAAUAUUCUGUUAAAUAAAGAUCACUUUGAUUUGG